AUGUACGUUAUUGCCAUUAUAGUGGGACAACUGAGGCUGCGCAGAAAGGCUUUUGCGAAUCCAGAAGACGCGCUCAGACACGGAGGUCUCCAGUUUCACAGACAAGACCCAGAUGUGGAGAGGGCGCGGAGGGCCCACACCAACGACCUGGAGACCAUCCUUCCCUUUCUGUUCAUCGGAGCCGUGUAUGCCCUGUCCGGACCCUCGCUGUUCGCCGCCCGCCUUCACUUCCUGGUUUUCUUCUUGGCCCGAGUGGUGCACAGUGUGGCCUACCUCUACGCCCUCAAAGCCCCCACCCGCUCCGUCGCCUACAGUAUCGGACUGAUCUCCUGUAUUUUAAUGUCCGUUCGGAUCCUGACGGUGGUGGCUUCUUACGCCUGA